AUGGAUGAAGUUAGGGCUACCUCUGCUUGGGUCGCUAGCCGCUCCUCCCAUGUCACCGUCGACUCUUCAGGAAUUGAGAAAGUUGUGAGCACGAUUGAUUCUAUUCCCAAAGUUGAUUGGGAUUUUGAAGGGAUUCAUUAUUUUGAUAAUGGACCACUCACUGUUCAGUACUUGUUUGUCUUGGAUGCUUUGAAUUUCUGCUUCUGGCCAGGUACGUCGAAACUUUCGCAGUUUUAUAUGGAUACAAGGUAUGCGAUACCAAUUUCAGUUGUCCCGGUAUGA